AUUUUAUGCUAUAAUCGUGUGGAAGUGCUUGUUCCUUCUUCCUGGACUGUAGGAGAUGCCAUUAUCUUGGGUCGCCGUAUAGGAGAAGUACAAGGCAAUUAUUGUAGGCUAUUCAUCCGAGAUCUCUCCAGAACUUACCGAGGAUUUAUAUUUUGCCUGCAGGAGUACCAGUCCAUAUGUCGCCGUCCUGUGCAGCACUGUGUUCGCAUCAGCUACGAGACCAUAGACACCAGGAGCCGGGAAGCAAUGCGGUGUGCGUCUGGUGCUAGUUACGCCAUCGCCUUCAAGAUGGUUCUACUUAGCCUUGUGUGGCUUCCUCAAGUGCCUGCACGUGUCCCGGCUACAGAUUUAGACAUUUCAUCCUCGCCGCCACCACCAACACGAACAACAUCAUCAUCGUCAUCAUCUUUAUCUAGCCCACCUGCAAAGCCAACGCAACACUACACGUUAUCUUCUUCCUCACUAUUUUCUAAAUCCAUGCAAUCUUCAGACACUGCGAGUUCUCACCGUGACACGAGUGGGCAUACGGAGAGCGACAACGCGAAAUCACCGCCGUCGCAAAACCCGCUGCAGAGGACAGCAAUAACAACGCCGCCUGGACCGCCGAGUGUUUUCACAAGCGAGGGAGACGCGGUGCUGGACCGUAGCACUACGAGUAGCGGGGCCGAGGGAGCCCUUGUUUAUUAUGGCAGCUCUGGCUCUCCUGGGUUGAGGGGAACGGACUUGCAAUCAGUAAGCUCAACUACAGCGUCAACGAAUUACGUGUGCGACUUGAAGUGCGGUGACGUCAUGGCCCGUAAGCAAGGCAUAUGCGGCUGCAACGCCAAACUGACCGGCAGGCCUUUUUUGAAAUCCGGAAUCAAAAGAAGUGCAUUACACAGGCCGAUGUUGAAUUGAACAAUUAUCUCCGAUUCAACAGUAUAUUGUUGUUUGAGAAAGACAAAAGUCUAAACGUUUGAUCAAGAAGACUAUAGUAGGCCAGCCAAUGUGGAAAAGUUCUCUAAAUAAUAAUUUUAUGGCAUUUCUGGGUAAUAGCUGUCAUCCAUGCUAGAUCAAUUCUUUGAACCAUUACAAACAAGAUAUGGGUGGGUGCCCUCGUUAACUUUGACCCUAA